ACAUUGCAACAGAAAUCUGCUAAACGCGAAACAAGUUGCGGCGUUUUUUCAGCUCCUCGGGUCCUGUCAACGCUGCUGGCUUACUACAACACACUGGCUGGGCACAGGACGGACAGACCGAGUGACAAACAGACAGACAGACACGCAGGCAGGCAGGCAGGCAAUUUACUAGGCAGUGCCAGGCAGGCAGUCGGCAGGCAGGUCUUCGCAGCGCAUAAAUCACAGUCUCACAGCCAAGCCGAGAUGCAGCCAUAGCCAGAGAACAGACUCAACUCAAAGCUAAACUCCAACUCAAUCCAACUGAGCUGCAACCUGUGACAAGAAAGUGAAACAGUAAAAAGAAAAGAAAACGAUAACGAUAACGAAAAAACAAAAACAAAGAAAACGAGUGAACGUCUCCUCUUGCCUCACAUACUCGAGAGUUUAUUUAUGUGUAUGUUUUGAGCAUAAAAGUGAAAGUGAUAGUGGGCGAAGAUGACUUGAAGUGCAAGUGGAGAAAGUUACAUACACAUAAGCAGCCCCACCCAUCGAACAACAACAACAAACAUUUGGGUACUGGCUUUGUUUUUUGUGUAUUGUCGAAAUGCCGCCGCUGCCACUAGUCGAGGACGCUUCAAGGCGAUGCACUUUGGUGUUGAAGGCGCAACGAUUGGUGCCGGCACCGAGGCAAUUUCUGUGCGCCGCGACUCCAUCUUGAAUGACCUUUUGACGUCCGCCCCCCGCCCGAAGACAAUGUAAACGCCGGCGUUUAGCAUGUAGGCAGUUUUUCUCUCUUCAUUUUUAAUCAAACCAAUCAACAACAAACCGGCCAGCCAACAACAAAUAAUAAAAUAGACAAAGUUACAUUUUUACCAAUACGAUAAAGCAACAACAACUGCAAUCAAUCAGUCAAUCAACAACAACAUCAACAACUCAACGCAAACUAAUGCAGCAUUUUGUUCGUCAACAACAAAUAACAAAACAACAACAAAAGCAAACAAAAUAAUCAAUUAUAAGCAACACUCUAAUAAAUAAUAAUUAUUAACUAAUAAGCAAGCAGUCAGUCAGUCAGUCAGUUAAUCAGUCAACCAGUCAGUCAAUCAAUCAACCAAGUCAAGUCAAAUCAAGUCACAAGAAGUAACUUCCAGUUUGAUUUUCGCAUCCCAUUCCGAUUUGAAGCAAAAUUCAAGCGUCUGAAUUUGAUUCUCGUCUCGAGUUGAGUUUUCCAAUUUUCGGUCAAAACACGUUCGUCUCGGUCUAAGCAUAACGGCAAUUUUGGUUUUCUACAAAUUCAGACGUAACUCCUUAGUUAGUUAACACUUUAUAUUGAGCAACUUUGGCGUCGAACCUUUGGGCGAGUAAAAUCUACAACAAAAAGAUAUUACAAAUUCUAAUCAAAAGUCAACAACAAAAAAAACCUACGAAAUUACCUGAAAAUUUUUGAAAAAAAUACCAACAAAAAUCUACACGAGCAGAGAAACUUUAGGCAAAAUUUGACAAGUGCAAAAAAUUUAUUAUAAUUAUUUACAAAAAAAAAAAAAAUAAAAACCAAACACAAAAAAAAUUAUAUAAAUUAUUACGAAAAAUACGAACAAACACUGAACUUGAUCGUUUAGGAAAAAAUAUUUAGGAACUUUAAAAUAUAAAAAGCAAAAUUCAAAAAAACCAAAAAAAAAAAAAUCAAAAAUUCAUGUGAUGUGAUAUUUUUUCGAUAUAUUUUUGAUUUACGGGUUACACCAUAUCGAGAAGUUAUCCAAUGAGAAAGCCGCUUAAAUUUUGGAGGAUCUAUGAUGAACGAUGGAGAAAAAUAACGCUUUGUUUGUGAAACACUUUUUGAACGCAAGCAAGGAUUAUUCCAGACAACAACAAAAAGAAAGCCAAAACAAAAACAACAAAACAUAAACAAAACCAAAAAUAUAACAAAAAAACAAAAACGAUAAAAAAUUCAAACGAAAAGUUCUCGAUAAAAGAAGCCGAAAAAACACUUUUAGAGAAUUUUCUAAAUAUCAAAGCGAAACGAAACGAAACGAAAGGACAAACAAAAGUAAAAGUAAAAGUAAAAGAAGACCUAAGCAACAAGAACAACAAAAAGCAAAAUCAAAACAAAUUUAAAUAUCAUUAAAUGCAAAGGACAUUCGCAUGUGUGUGGUGGUGGAAAGAAAAUUCAAAACAAAAUUCACAAUUAGAAAACGCAGAAAAAAACGUAGAAAACGUAAACGCAAAAUCAACAGCAACAACAACAACAGCUACAGCAAGAGCAACAGCAACAAUUGCAACUGCAAUAAACUGUCAACAACAUCGCGAACAAUUUUGAAUUGUAACAUUUCGACAAACAAGUUGAGAGAAAGCAAAAUUUCAACGUUUGGCGCAACUAAACGAAGACAGAAAGAGAGCGAAAGCCGGACCCAAGGAUAAUACACUCUUUAGGGAACUUCGGACCAGCUAAAAAAAAGUUUUGAACCAUAUAAGAAGAAGAAGUAGAGGUAGAAGAAGAAACGCACACACAUACGGAAAACUCGGACAUACAACAAAACUAACCAGAAUUAAAAGCAAAACGAUUCCAGAUUAUAAACAGAUCGUUGAAACCUAACUUCAACUUCAAAUUGCGCAUACGACGAGCUGUUGGAGCGAAUUCAGUCAGACAGUCAAACAGUCAGCCAAAGAGGGGGAACAGAAGAAAGCGUAAAAAUAGACAACCAAUCGAAGCAAAGGCGAAGUAAACGCUCUCUCAACGACAAUCGCUGGCAGGAGAAAUUGCCUGUAUGUGUGUGCCUGACGCUGUGAGAGCGCAACUGAAAGUGCAAGAGAGCAACAAGAGCCAGAGCAACGCGGCAAAGGCAAAGGCAAAAACAAAGGCAAAGGCAAGGGCAAAGACAAAGGAGCGGAGGCAACGUGGAGAGAAGAGCGCGCGCUGCUGCUGUUUGGCAUCAUCUUAUGAUGUCAUCAGAGGAGUACGACGCGGACUGUUUUGGUUUGUACAGCGAUGAGAACGAUGUGCUGCUGAAAGCAACAACAACAACAUUAGCACUAGCAUCAGAGACAGAGGCUGAUUCUAAGCAGCUACAGCAACCCCCACAGCAGCACCAGCAAGCAAAGAGCGUAGCAAUUGUGCUGCCUCAGCCGCUGCAGGCAAGCAACGGCCGAACGACACCAACAUCCAUACAAAUACAGACAACACUGAGUGGCGACGAGGCGGCGAAUUGCGGCGAAAACGUCAGCGAAGCGGAGAAACCAACAAGCAAAGGGAAGAGCAGUAGCGGCGACCACGACGAUAACGACAACAACGACGACGACGACGUCGACGACGAGAACGAGAACACGAACGCGCACGAAAACGACGAGGGCGAUUCUGACUCGGACGACGUCGUCGUAAUCGAAGGCAACAACAAGGCGACGGUGACGGUGACGGCGACCGCGACAGCAACGGCGGCAGCAGCAGCAGCGACGGCAGCAGCGCCAGCCAACAGUAACUGUCGCAGCCGCAGUCGCAGUCGUAGUCGAAGUAAUCGCCGUAACGCACACAAACGUCAAAUCAGUCAGUCUUCGGCCGUCGGCAAGACAACAACGUGCGCGGCUAAAAAACCAACGACUUUAGCGACAACAUUAACGUCUACGGCAGCAACAGCAAUAAAAGUAAACAGCAACACCAAUAACUCGAACUUAGUGAGAAAUCGUCGCACGCGCACGCGAUCCUUAAGUAAAGACACUAACAAUAUCAAUCAUAGCCACAAUAACAGUCACGGUCACAGUGCUCACAGUUUAAACGUUGGCAGCAACAGUGUUGUUGGUAAUAGUGUUAACAAUAACGGCUGCAGCAACGGCGGCGCAACGGCAACCGCUGCCUUCAUGAGUAGCGCUGCUGCGGCUGCUGCGAGUGCCGCAAGUGGUGCUCUCUACCAAACCAAUAACAACAACACAAACAACAACAGCUCGAUUGCGAGUCCAGGAGCAAACACAUCUAACACAACGCCAGCAACAGUUGCAGCUGCAGCAGCAGCAACUGCAUUGUCCGGCUCUAGUUCACCGGGCUCGGUAAAUUCGGCAUCCUCGUUGCUGACAGCCGCCUUUGGCAAUCUAUUUGGCGGCUCCUCCGCAAAGAUGUUAAACGAAUUGUUCGGACGACAAAUGAAACAGGCGCAGGAUGCGACCAGUGGUCUGCCACAGAGUCUCGACAAUGCCAUGUUGGCGGCCGCUAUGGAAACGGCAACCAGCGCCGAGCUGCUCAGUGCAGCUGGCCUGGUCAACAGUCUCAACAAUACCAGUAAAUUGCUCAACAACAACAACAAUAAUAACAACAACAGCAACACUGCGCUCAGCAAUGGUGGCAACAAUGCCUCCAUCUCGCCAGGAUCGGCGCACUCCUCCUCCACUAACAAAGGCGGCAGCAGCAGUCGUCGUGUCUCCAAUUGCAGUGAUCGAUCGCUCGACGGCAAUCUGGCGGCCGCCGAUGUUGCUGGCGGGAGUCCGCCCAGAGCUGCUUCGGUGAGUUCGUUGAAUGGCGGCGCCAACAACAACAACGAGCAGCAGCAAUUGCUGCAACACGAUUUGGUGGCACAUCACAUGCUGCGCAAUAUACUGCAAGGCAAAAAGGAGUUGAUGCAACUCGAUCAGGAGCUGCGCACAGCAAUGCAACAACAGCAGCAGCAACAGCAGGAGAAACAGCAGCAGGAGCUGCACUCUAAGCUGAAUAACAACAACAGUGUGGCUGCCACCAACAAUAACAACAAUAACAACAACAGCAACAACAACAACAGCAGCAGCAACGCAGUCACCGAGAGCAUAAAUUUGAUCGAGGACAGCGACAUGCCAGAGAUUAAAAUCAAAAGUGAACCUGAGCUGAUGCAAGCAACGCCUCAGGCGCCGCACUCGCCACACGGUGGCAGCAGCCACAGUCAUAGCAGUAGCAGCAGCAGCAGUCACAGCAACAGCAACAGUCACAGCCACCACAGCAACAGUCACAGCCACAACAGCAGCAGCAACAGCAUUGCCAGCAACGGCAGCUUGCGACGCAAGUCCUCCGACUCGCUCGACAGCAUGCAACGCGAGGAACGUGCCACAACAGCAGCAGAGCCUCAAUUGGCUAACGAAACGCUGCCCAGCAAGAAGGAGGCUGUCGACGAUAUGCUCGAUGAGGUGGAGCUGCUGGGCUUGGGACACAAUCGCAAUUCGGAUCUGGAAUCGCUGGCAUCGCCCAGUCACUCGGACAUCUUGCUGCUGGAGAACAGCAAGGACGAGGUGCUGGACAACGACGACAUCAUUGAAGACGAUGACGAUGAAGAUGAUGACGACGACGAUUGCAUCGAGACAAAACGUGAGUCAGCAACCAGCUCUGGUUGCCUCAAGAAACCCGGCAUGGAGUUGAAACGUGCUCGAGUCGAACACAUCGUGUCCAGCAUGCGUUGCAGCCCCUCGGCCACUCCCCAAGCGGGUCAGCUGCAGGUGAACGGUUGCAAGAAACGUAAGCUGUAUCAGCCACAGCAACAUGCCAUGGAACGCUAUGUGGCCGCUGCUGCUGGUCUCAAUUUUGGUCUCAAUCUGCAGAGCAUGAUGCUCGACCAGGACGACAGCGAGUCCAAUGAGCUCGAGUCGCCACAGAUACAGCAGAAACGUGUGGAGAAGAAUGCGCUGAAGUCGCAGCUACGCUCCAUGCAGGAGCAGCUGGCAGAGAUGCAGCAAAAGUAUGUGCAGCUGUGCACACGCAUGGAACAGGAGUCCGAGUGCCAGGACCUUGACAAUGAUCACGAGCAGGACAUGGAAAGUCUGGAGCCAGAGGCAGAGCAUGAGCAGGAGCAUCAGAACGAUGAUAUCGAACUGUCACACUCGCCGACGCUCAGCGAAUCAACGCCCAAGGAGUCGGUGGAGCGAGCUGGCUCCAGUUCCCCAUCGCCCACGCUGAAGGUGCAGAGCAGUAGCAGCAGCAGUGGCAAGAGCAACAACGAGAAUGCAGCAGCCACCACACCGAAUAUGCUCACCCAAAUGAUGAGCAAGAUGAUGUCCAGCAAGCUGCAGCAGCACAAUCCGCUCGUGGGUGUCUCUCACCCUGCGUUGCCACAAGGCUUUCCGCCAUUGUUGCAACACAUGGGCGACAUGUCGCAUGCCGCAGCCAUGUAUCAGCAAUUCUUCUUCGAGCAGGAGGCACGCAUGGCCAAGGAAGCUGUCGAGCAGCAGCAGCAGCAGCAGCAACAACAGCAACAGCAACAACAGCAGCAACAGCAACAGCAGCAACAACAGCAGCAGCAACAGGAGCAACAGCGUCGCUUUGAACAGGAGCAAGAGCAGCAGCGGCGCAAGGAGGAGCAACAACAGCAACUGCAACGCCAGCAGCAGCACUUGCAGCAACUGCAACAGCAACAGCAGCUGGAGCAACAUGUUGCUGCCGCCGCUGCAGCACCUCGCGCCCAAUUGCAUCCGCCCGCCCGUCUGCCCACACGCAUGGGCGGGGCAGCCGCCCACAGUGCACUGAAGUCAGAGUUGUCAGAAAAGUUCCAAAUGCUGCGACAGCAGAGCAGCGCCAACAACAACAACAGCAACAGCUCAAUGAUGCGCAUGUCGGGCACCGAUCUCGAAGGACUUGCCGAUGUGCUCAAGUCAGAGAUAACCACAUCGUUGUCCGCGUUAGUGGACACGAUUGUCACUCGCUUUGUGCACCAGCGACGAUUGUUCAGCAAGCAGGCGGAUUCGGUGACAGCGGCAGCAGAGCAGCUCAACAAGGAUCUGAUGCUGGCAUCGCAGAUCUUGGAUCGCAAAUCGCCACGUACGAAAGUGGUUGCAGAUCGCGGACACAGCGCACACAGCGGACACAGUCUCAAUGGCAAUGCGGGCGCCCAGAAUGGUCCAACGCCAGCAACACAAUCAGGUAAUAAUGGUUCACUUCUCCUAGCUAAUAGUCAAAUGCCCUCGCAGCAGCAGCAGCAGCAACAGCAGCAGCAGCAGGCGAGUAGUCAGGGCAAUAGCAGCAAUGCCAAUGCACAACAGCAACAGCAACUUGCACAGCACCAGCAACAGCAGCAACAACAACAGCAGCAACAGCAGCAACAGCAGCAGCAGCAGCAACAACAACAGCAGUCGCAAGUCAUGUCAGCAAUGGCAGUUGCCCAACAGCAAUUGCCGAAUUGCCAGCAACUAAUUGCAGCGCCACGUCUCAAUGGCAAUCAAUUGUCGUUUGCCUCACCCGCGGCAGCUGCUGCCGCCGCGAUGGGUCUGCAGAUGCAUCAUGCUGCCGCCGCGGCAGCAAUGCAACAGCAGCAGCAGGCUGCACAACAGCAGCAGCAGCAGCAGGCAGCGAGCGAUGCAACUGUUGCUGGCAGCAAUGUGGCUGGCAAUGUUAACCAAUCGAAUGCAACUAACAAUAGCUUAAGUUCACUUAAUAUACCACCACCUCACAUACGUCCCUCGCCCACAGCGGCGGCCAUGUUUCAGGCGCCCAAAACGCCACAAGGCAUGAAUCCGGUGGCAGCAGCCGCGCUCUACAACUCGAUGACGGGACCAUUCUGUCUGCCCUCCGAUCCACAGCAGCAACAGCAGGCCGCCCAACAGCAGCAGCAGGCCGCACAGCAACAGCAGCAGGCUGUACAGCAGCAACAAGUGGCAGCUCAGAAUGCCCAGCAGACGCAACAGCAGCUGGAACAGAACGAGGCUUUGAGCCUGGUGGUGACACCAAAGAAAAAGCGUCAUAAGGUCACCGAUACACGCAUCACACCGCGCACCGUUAGUCGGAUCCUGGCUCAGGAUGGCGUUGUGCCGCCCAGUGGACAGGCAGCCGCUGCCGCCGCUGCCGUUGCAGCCGCCCAGCAGCAACAACAGCAGCAACAGCAGCAGCAACAACAGCAGCAGAACAACGGCAACGGCAGCAGCAGCAACAACAGCAACAACAACACCAGCAAUGCAACGCCAGCGCAAAGUCCAACGGGUCGCGGUCAAUCGACGGGCACGUACCAUCCGCCACCACCACCACCACCACCCAUGAUGCCAGUGUCCUUGCCCACAUCGGUGGCCAUACCAAAUCCAUCGCUGCACGAAUCCAAGGUCUUUUCACCGUACAGUCCAUUCUUUAAUCCGCAUGCGGCGCCGGGUCCACACGGUCCACCGCAUGGGGGUCAACCCACCGCUGCCCAGAUGCACCAUCAGCACCACCAUCAGCUGCAGCUCUCGUCGAGUCCGCCCGGCAGCCUUGGCGCCCUGAUGGACUCGCGCGAUUCGCCGCCCUUGCCACAUCCGCCAACGAUGCUCCAUCCCGCACUCCUUGCGGCCGCCCAUCAUGGCGGCUCACCCGACUACAAGACCUGCCUGCGAGCCGUCAUGGAUGCCCAGGAUCGACAGUCCGAGUGCAACUCGGCCGACAUGCAAUUCGAUGGCAUGCAGCCUACUAUAUCCUUUUUCAAACAACAACAACAUCAACAUGAACAACACCAUCAAAUGGUCAACAAUCAUUGUGAAUCCUUGACUUCUCUGCACUCUUCAACAUUGACACCGAUGCACCUGCGCAAGGCCAAGCUGAUGUUCUUCUGGGUGCGAUACCCGAGCUCAGCGGUCCUCAAGAUGUACUUCCCGGACAUCAAGUUUAACAAAAACAAUACAGCACAAUUGGUGAAAUGGUUCUCAAACUUUCGAGAAUUCUACUACAUACAAAUGGAGAAAUAUGCACGACAAGCUGUCACUGAAGGCAUCAAGACACCCGAUGAUCUGUUGAUUGCUGGAGAUAGUGAAUUAUAUCGCGUGCUCAAUUUGCACUACAAUCGCAAUAAUCACAUUGAGGUACCCCAAAAUUUUCGCUUUGUGGUCGAACAGACACUGCGUGAAUUUUUCCGUGCAAUACAGGGUGGCAAAGACACCGAGCAAUCGUGGAAGAAAUCCAUAUACAAAAUAAUAUCACGCAUGGACGAUCCCGUGCCCGAGUACUUCAAGUCGCCGAAUUUUUUAGAGCAGCUAGAAUAAGUGGAGGAGUUGGCUAUGCCAACGAUGCCACCGCCCUUGAAUCAUCAUCAUACGAACCCUGCUACGACUACUACAACAACUACAGCAACAGCUACAGCUACAGCAACAACAACAGCCAGAGCAAGAGCAAGAGCAACAACUACAAUGCCGAGAGCCACGUCACGAAAACCAAAGUUAAAAAGUUAAAUCUACGUAAGAAAUACAACUGGAUAUGAUAAUACACACACAUUAUGAAUGUAUUAUAAAAGACAACAACUACUACUAAAUACCGAAAAAGAUGCAACAUUUUCCUAAGGUAUUACGCAUUCUAAAAAAAAGGCCUCUCGUCGAUCUUAAAUCUAUUGUAAUAACAUUUCUGUAGAGCCGUCGAAUAUUUUUUUCAAUAAUUUUUGAAAAUGCCGUCAAUACAACAUCGCUGCAUUUCGCAUUCAAUUUGAUGCAAUAACAACAACAACAAUUCACACACUCGCACACACACCCCACAAAAAUACACACACAGGGAAAAAAAUGCGCUGCAAAGUAUGCAGCGCUUUUUUGAACGUCAACAAACAAAGACAAAAGAAACAUAAACAUAGUGCAAAUUAAAAACCUGAGCCAAUACCAGAUAGUAACACUCACACACACCCCAAACACACACACACACAUAAACACGAAAUCGUAUCUAUACAGAGUGUAAACUGUACUCUGACCGUUGGUUUGAUAGUUGAAAAUUUUUAAAAUAUAUUUCUACAAUACUUAUCUAUUACAAAUAGUUGAUCCAUCUAAUAAUCUACCGAAAGUUGACACACAUUCCAAAUACACACACACCUACACUUACACAUCGGUACAGUUUUCACCUGAAUUCAAAGUGUGUUUCUUAGCCGAUUGAAAAGUGCUUUUCAACUGGAACAAUCCAAGUUUCACUUGAAGACCAACUUUUCUGUUCGUCUUUUAAAGACAAUUUUGCGCAAUCUUUGAAAAAGUUAGCGUAAUUCUGUCGCCUAAAAAAAGAAAGAUAAAAGUAUUUAAUAAUUAAGUUCAGGUUGCUAUUUUCCUUUUUAAAAUUAAGCAAAUAUUGAUGUCGAACACAAAAACCAAAAAAAAACAAAAAAAUUAACCUUUUGCGAUUAGAAUUAUGAAACGAAAAGAAAAUUACGAAGUUUGUCUUAGCAACGGGCGUUAGGGUAGCUAAAAUUUAUUUAAUGUUAUGCAAACAUACAACCAAAGUUUACUGUUAAUCGAGCCUAAUUUUGUAUGCGAAUUAUUUUUUAAACCAAUAUAUAUCUUAAAUGAUUAAUUUUUGAAAAAUGCACCAAUUUGUGCACGCAAUUUGUUUAAUUUCUUAACAACCUACAAAACACACACACACAAACACAAUACACAUACACACACUAGUCUGUUAUUUAUGUACAUACUUAUACGUUUAGUUGAAUAAAGUUCGGCUUAAGUUUAUGUUUAGUUUAAUUUACUUGGCCUUAAGUUGCAACAUACAAAAUACAAUAUAUACACGAAAACACAACACAGUCUACCAUUUGAGUUUCUUUAUUUAUCAAUUUAUAGUUUACCGAUUCGCGAUGAUUGCAUCUACAACAAGUAAGACGCCAAGUAUGUACCUCAAGAUGCACUUUCAUUUCAUAUACCAAGCAUGGAAAGUGGGCGGGUUUAGAGGGAUAUGUUUGCCUGCUCUUGCCUCACUGAAGGGCAGGCAAACCAGUGACUGCAGUUCCUAACAUCUUCACCAAACUGCAGAACACUUACAUCAACAUGAGCAUCAGCAACAUGAGCAACGUGAGCAACAUCAACAACAACAACAUUAAUCAUUAAAGCAUGCAUACACAUCACAUCGCUAAAAAAAAAAAAUAAAGAAGAAAAGAAAUUACAAAUAUCGAACAUUAUUUGGCAAGUAUAAAAAUAUUCCUCAAGAACUUUACGGCAUCUCAACUCAACACAAAAAAUAGUGCAAUUUCGGCCCAUCAUGUGCUUUGAGUCGUACAUACAUCAUUGGGCGGUACCACGCCCCCUAACGUCCCUAUUCGGUAGUAAGCUAAGCAAAUUUCACUUUUGGCUGGAGAGAUGUUUAGAGAUUAGAGUCGGAAGAACACCGUGACAAGAAUACAAUGCAAACCUUUCGGCAAACCCAAUGAUUAAGCAAAAUUUUAACAAUAGUCGAAUUUUAGCUAAGAACAAAUUGAAACGAACUAUUAAUUUUUAGGCCUAAAACACAUAAGUUUAUAUUGCAUAAACUUAUCAAAAUUGUAUGCAAUUCGGCGUAGAAAUAUGACAAAAUUAAUCAAGUAUGAACGGUGAGUUUCCUAAUCUAAUACAAAACAAACAAAACAACUCGCAAACGAAAUUCAAAUUGAAAUUCCUUUAUUACGAAAAGGAUACAACAAAUUUAGAAAUCUAAAAUUCAAAACAAAUUACUAAUUAUUAGAUUUACAACACAAACAAAUUAAGUAUAACUAAAAAUCGAAGAGAGAAAUAUUUAUUCAUUGGCUACUAAAAAAAAACUAUCAUUUCACUUAUCUAGUUGAUUUGCUAUAAUUUCUGUUUAGGUUUAUCCGUUUCACUUUACAGUUUGCAGCAGAACAGAAAUUGAAAUUGAAAAAAAGUCAAAAUUUAAAGUUCGUUGAUUGUUAAUGCCUUUACAAAAUUUAUUAUGAAACUUUUUGGCACUUUGAUGUGGGCUAAAAUUUUAUUUAAAUACUAUUGUAACUGAUUUUGUGAUAAAAAGAACAAAACAAAAAAAAAUUGAAAACGAAAACAUUAUUGUUUCGGUAAAAACCAAUAUGGCUGAGCCGUGGGGGCGGUGGCCACGCCCACUGGCCACACGAGCUGCCAUUCAAAAUUAUUGAUUAUAAAUGAAAAUAGUAAAUUGAAAAAAAAAACCCCAUUUAGGCAAUUUAAGGCGUAUUAACAAUAAACAAAUGCAACAAAACGUUUGGCAAACCCAAAAAAAAACUUUAGGCAAAAUUUUAUAAAUUAAGCAAGUCAAGUCAAAAUUUCACAAUUUUUAUAUACUCAUAAGAAAUAAGAGACGAUGAAGCCAAUAAGCAACUCGCCAAUGAACAAACCGUCAAAGAAGAAACAAGAACUUAAGCACUUUUCAAAUAUUAGCAUUAUUUUUAGUUUCAGUUCGUCAAAUAAUUUUCUUGUGUAGAUUUAGUAAGAACACACGCAAUUUAAAAACAUCCUAAAUAUCGUAAAUAGAAAAUGUCAUAGAUUGUAAAAUGGAUUCAAAGUGAACUAUUUCACAUAUUCGUUUGAGUACCAAGAAAACAAUACACAAAACAACUCAUUCACACAUACAACAUGAGUACAACAUAUACUACUAUAUAAAUUGACAUACGUACAUAAUACAUACAUUUAUACUUACAUACAUAAUUAUACUAUAAGUAAACCAAAAACCAAAAAAGACAUAUUACUAAUUGGUUAAUAAACAAAAUUCAUUAAAACCAAAUACAACAAAUCGUUGGCGCUUGCUUUUUUGUAUUCUUUACUAAAUUGCUUCCAAUUUUUGGCAAUAUUCUCUUUUAAUUUAAGAAGUUUUCCGUUUGUAGUAUUUAUUUUCAAUUUUAUCCCAAUGUUUGGCAUUUACCACAGCAAAAUUUUGUACCAACGGCAUCGAUUGGCCCCUCAACAACACUACACAACAAACAAAAACCCAAAUCGCAAUCACAACUAACGGUAAGCAAAACAAUAUCAGCUAUAAGUUCUCGAUUGAUCCAUAGAAGCAGCGGGGGUAACUUUAAAUACGAUUCCACAAACUUUUGGUAUUCAACUUUUGAGGCGAAAAAAUUCCAUUUUGUUUUGCACUGAUCAACAAAAAGAUGAGCACGCAUCAACGUGAAUUUGGUGUUGAAAAAUUCCAAAAAUAUAUAUAUAUCGAAAUAUCGCAAACAAUAGCCUAGUUCACAAUUCAAAUCAUUUGUAGGCUGCUUUUAUGGUACGUAUUUCUCACAGUACAGUUUACAAAUCUGUUCAAAAAGCAGAGGCCAGGACAUUAUCACAGUUAUCGACUUUAUUUAAAAAACAUCAAUCAAAAUACUUACAAACCAGCCAAACCAUGAAGCAGACAACAAACUCCAGAACGCAGAUAAGAAAUAAAAAGAAAACUUAAUUCAAAUCAGUGACAACAUCCAAACAGCCAACCAGACAGGUGAAUAGGUAAAAAGCCCCUCCUCGAAAAAGAUAAGCUUAGCAAUACACAGGGCAGUGCUGGAAAGCGCCCUGUGCAGCAGCAGAAGCAGCUACAGCAGCAGUGUUGAGAAACUGCACUCAGACCGACAGACAAAACAGAAACUAAAAGCGAAAUAAUUUCAUUUACUGAUUAACUGAUUGUGAGCACAGCAAACUAAACUUAAUGCAUGUUGAAAAAUACUUCAAAGGUAUUUCAGCAAAACAUAAAUAAAAAUCGAAUAUGAAAACAAAAGAAAAGCAAAAUACGAAAAACGAAAACAAAACAAAAACAAAAAUAUAUACUACACCUAAACCAAAUAUCAAAUAUAAAUGCAGAUGCAGCCAUAUGCAAUUUUAACUAGAUUUUAAAGCAUUAUUACCGCAAAAUACCAAAAUACCGAUUACCGCAUAUACUGAAUGAAAAACAAUUGAAUUAAACGAAGCAAAGCAAUUGGUCAAAUUUGUACAUAAAUGAAGAAGAAAUCACAUUUAAAUACAACUACAUACACGUAAUUAAAUACUACAGUUUAAGCUAACAAAUCUAAACAACAUAGUAAACCCCAUAAGUCCAUUAACAAAACCCAACAAAACCACACCUUGGGCAUAGGCAAUAUUUAUACACAGAGCUUUACAACACUGAAAGUGUGUGCGCAAAUGAUUUUCGAGUUUCGAGAACAUGUGCCAAAAUAUAAAACACAAAGAACAGAUACAGAUACAUAUUAGCAUAUAUGUAUAUCAUAUUUAUCACAAUAAUUUUGGCACAAGAUAAACAUGACGAUACAUGAAUUCUAUUUUUAAGUCAGUUAAUUAAACAUCCUUAUUUCUAAAAACAUCUGAUCACAAAAAUAACGAAAGUAAAGAGGAGUAAAGAGAGAGGGAAAUAAGUAUAAAAAAAUCGAACACUAAAAUUUGCAGUUUUGGUAUAUACAAACAACAAAAAAUGAAAACGAAAACGAAACUCAAAAACGACAAGAAACCAAAUACUUAAAAUGAUUGCGUUUUUUUAGUAGCAAACGCGAUUCACAAAAUUCUUAUCAAAUUUAUGACCCAAAAAACAAAAACAAAUUACAAAUGUUUGGAGAAAAAAUGUAAAUUUUUUAUCACUUAUUUCAGGAAGUAUGGAGAAGAGAUCCAGUUUUGGGAGCGUCGUUAAGGAUGCCCCAAUCUUUUAGUUAACAAACUGCAAUAGAGCAACACAGCAUGUGCAUAAUUUUGGCGCACACUGUGUCUGCAAACAACGGAUUAAGUUUAAAUACAAUCAAAUUCUUAAACAAUUACUGAACAACAUUUUCAGUUCAGCAGCAACAAUUACAAUUAACCAUCCUGAUUUAUGACGAUUAUAAAACGAUGUUAAAACUUUUGGCUUAUCAUAACAAUGAAAUGAAGAACAAAAUUUUAAAAUCAAAUUUCAAAUUCGAUUGAUAUACAUUCACACAUACACACCUAUACACAAUACACACAGCACAUGUUUGCGAAACAAGAAAAAAAAAGAGUAUAAAAAUAUAUAACAGUUGCAUAACCUAUCAUAAAAAUAAAAAUAAUAAUAACAAUAAUCUAAUAACAACAAUUGAUAACUAAGAAUUUAGUUUUAAAAGCCAACAAUAGCCAGGGAAACAUACACAACUCGUAUGUGAUAUUUUUGAGUUAAUCUCUCAUUUAUUUAUAAUGAACAACAUGCCCAAUUUAAUGUGACAAUAUCAAGCAAGCAUAAUUAACAUCAAUAAUAACAACAACAACAACACACACAGCACUUCCAGCAGCAACUUUUUUUGGGUUGUCUACCAUAUCAAAUCGAAGUAACAAAAAAUACAAAAAACAAACAUACAAACAAACUGCAACAAAAAACAAAACAAAUACAAAUAAAGAGAAAGACCCAAUAAGAAUAGGAGAGAGGUGUUUCGUUCUGUUGAAUCUUUAAGCCAUCCUCAGUUCAAAUUUUAAAUAAUAUAUAAAUAUUAACAAAAUAUAAUAAAAUAUAUAAAAUAUAUAAAUAUUAUAAGUGUUCAUAGUUGAAUUUGAAUAUCAAUGACUAAACCAAAAGUCAAUUUUAUUUUGCAAUAGUCAAAACGUGCCAACCGCGCGAACCGGGAUAAUUUAUAGUACAAUACAACAACCAACAAACAAACAAACAAAGCAAACAACAAACAAAAUACAUACCAAUAAAUUUUUAUAAAACUAUUUAUAUUUUUAUACUAAAGAGAAACGUAAAUCGAAAGAUUGAUAAACAAUAGCUAAUUAGUAUAAUAAGCCAAAAAUUUUAGUUCACAUUCACCAAGCUUAAGUUAACAAUUAAACAACAGCAACAUUUAUGAUUUAUGUUAUAAACAAGAACAACAACAACAACAACAGAGCUGUCUGCCAAUUGGGCUAGAAGUGCUGAUGGAUCAAUAAGGUAUUGCGGCAUGCCAUAACUGCAACAGAAGAGACACACGUCAUGAAACCCACAUGAAAUUUACAAUAGUAACCUCAAGCUAUAUAAGUAAGAGACUCGAGGACCCGACGAUGCCUGCCUGCUAAAUAAAUAAAAAUAAAAAAACACGCAACAAAUGUUUCGCCCAGCUCAUGAGUUGUGUAAAAGCUCUGAACAUUGCAGACUGUGUGGCAGAGCCAGUGAACCUCUUGACUCCUUUUCUGGUCCCCAAAGACUAUCGCGACUCAGCAGACUCAGCACAAAUAGACAACAAAAAUAAGUGAUAAAAACAAACAAAUCUUUUGUUAUACAAUUCUCUUACGAAAACCUAAUCAAUUAAUUGAUGUGAACCACAAGCUUUUGCGUGCGUUAUACUGGCGCGAUCUUCUGACGAGAGCGCUAAACCUGAACGAUUUGCGGCAACAGGAGACGAACAUAAACAAGAUGAUGUUGAAGACGAUGAUGACAAAAAUAAUAACUGCAAUCUACUUUGGUUUACUCUCACAUACAUAUAUAAUAUAGUACAUAAAGCAACAAUAAACAAGCGCAAAAAUUGAUCAAGCAAUUCAAAUUGUGCGUCUCAAUGAGCCACAAACAAUAGCCCAGCAAUAUUAUUCUUAUUUUCUCAAGGUGCCUCUUUGUAAUUCUCCGAGAAUUAAAGAGGUGCCACAAACCGCCGUAAUACAGAAGUACAACCAAACAAAUCAAACAAAACAUUGGCACCACAAAUCGAUCGAUGCAUUGAUAUUGAACAAUAUUAUUCUGUUGCCGCAAUCAUGCCGAAAAUAAUGCUACAGACCUUGUAGCAUUCCCGAAGCGUAUCACUUGCCAGAGAUCGCCCCAGGCGUUUGUCAAAAUUCUACAAAGAUUUUUUGUAAAAAACUGUAGGAGCAAACGAAAAACGCAAUUUUAUCAAAUGCCAUAAUGAUAAUUGACUUUCAGUUUCCUAUUUUGAGUUGAAUCUCAGUUUUGUUGUUUUUUCGCUUUUACUUUUAACAAAAGCGAAACCGACACAAGACGUUAAAAACACGCUCCUUUGGUGCGUGUGUAAAAUAUGUAUAAAACAGAAAACAAAAAAACGAAAACUAAAAUAAAAAAUAUAAAAAAAAACAUACAAAUACCAAAAAAAAAAAAAAAUUAAAGCAACAACAAUAUUUAUACAGAGACUGCAAACAAAUGUGAUCAGAUAUUUUAUAAUAAUAUAAGUUUACAAGCAACCGCUAUAAAAACAUAAUAAGAAAGCCAAAACCAAAAUCACAAGUAUUUAUUGCAAUAGCGAAAUGAAUCAAAAUCGAGAACAUCCAUAAGAAACAGAACAGCAACCGUAACAGUAAAAGUAACAGCAACAACAACAACCUUGUAAGCAAAAUGUAAGUCAAUAUUUAAGAAGUAAGAAAACCAAAACCAAAACCAAAAAAAAUAUUUAUAAUAAUAUUUUUUACAAUAGCAUAUACAAAACAAUCUCUAAAUAUAUAGCAAACGACAAAGAAACCAAGCGGGAGCUGCAGCCAUGCCCAACAACCCCUAAAAGCAGGAUGCAGUUUCUUGCGUAACAGUUGCCUUUCACAAAAACAAUUUACCAUUUAAGUUACAAAUAGUGAAAUAGACACAAACCAAAAUGGCAACACCCUAACCACAGGGUGUAGUCAAGUUUCAAACCAGUUUUCAGUUGACAAUUAUCUCAGUUCAUUAAAUACAACAACCAACAGCCGCUGCAGUCAUGCAGCAAUUGCGUUUAGUUAAAGAUUCAUACAAAGGUUCUAUUCAUUUCUAGUAGGAGUAAGAGGAGAAGAUGAGAGAAGACAGAAGACAGAAGAUAAUGGGUGAUGGAAUGAUGAGUGGCGAGCUCAAAAGUAGCAACGAAAACAGUUUUAAGUCUACAUAAAUACAAAAUGCAAGAAAAUACAUUGAAGUAAUUCAGUUCAGUUCAUUUAUGUGAAGAAACAGAAAUGGGAAGCAGAAGGAUUAUAUAUUUUAACACAACAACAACAAAUUUGGAUGCAUUUUACGAUGAUUUUGUGCUUAUCGAAAUUGCAAUGAAUUUUAGUUCUGAACAAUAGUGCCGGUAAUAUUAUAAUAUAAGUAACUAUACGAAUACAUAUACAUAUUCACAUAUAUGUAUACAAUAUACAUAGAUAAAAUACGUUAUCUAGACGUCGUAAACCGUAUUUCAUCGUAGCUAACUAAUGUUCAAAGACUACACUGAAAAAAAACAUGCAACAGAUCAAAUACAUACUGAGAUUUCAUUUGCGCCCAGUUUUCUGAGUUCAGACCAUAUGCGAGUGAUAAAGAUUGCCUCAUGCCCCCAAGCCCAUUAAAAACCCCACAAGUCCAACCUUUAUACACACACUUACACGCCACACACACUUAUCCCACAUAUAUGCAUCGUGUCACAUGCCCUAUAAAUAUAUAUAUCUUAUUAACUAUAUAAGAAGUAAACACAAAAAACAAAAUAUUAAAAAAAAAAUAAUAAUAACGGUAGUUGCUAUUUUAAAUAUGUAUUACAAGAAAACGAUAAAGAAAACAAAACACGAUCAUUAAAUAUGCAGCAGAGUAUGAAAUAAAUGUUAAGCAGGAACCACAAACCAAGCAGACCCAAAAAACAACAACAAUAACAACAGACAAAUGAAGCGAAAGCAACAAGAACAAAAACAGCAAGUCAAAAGUCAAAUAUGUUCCACUCCAAAUACAAAAGAAAAAAACCAAAACUCAAAACUCAAUACAAAAAUAAUACGUAUGAUAUUUAUAUGCUUUUUUACUUACACGUAUAAAUGAAAUGUAUUCAAAAAAAAUGGAAUUUGGAGAUGCCGCCUUUAGGUUUGCAACACUCAAAUACACACACUGUCACACACACACACACUCAACAUACCCGCACACAAAUAUACAGAAACAAAAGUCAAUGUCAGCAUAAGUAUGAAAAGUAAGCAUACAUUAAAUUAAAUUAAAUUAAAUACUUACGAAAAACAUGAAAAGCAAAAUGAAAACAAUUUAAUGAAAAUCAGUAUAAAUUUCUACUCAUAGUUUAGCAGUCGUAAUUGAUUUAUUUCCAAAUUAACAAAUCAAAUGGACACAAAACAAAGCAAUUCGCAUAUAGGACAUAACUUAAAUAGUUCGCAAAGAAACCGACUAAAUAAACUACCUACAUAAAAUAGAAAUCUUCGCCAGCCAAGUACUACACAACAGCUUAACAACAACAACAACCAAAUGCCGUUCAAUCAACAACAACAACAACAACUACUACAACUAAAACUUAGACACCAAUCAGACAUUAUUAACCAUUAGUUAAACAUAUAAUUUAUCAGCUACAUGAUCAUACACUCUAAGACAUUAGAUCCGUUCCGAAUUCUAUAUUCGCAUCAAUUCUGAUCGAAAACUGAAUUCGAAUCGCGUCUAAUUAACAAAGGCCCAACAACUGUAACUCGAAAAAAUAAUAUUUGAAAGCACAUUUUUAACGGGUAUACACGUAAUAUUGUAGAAAUAACUUUAUUUGAUAUUUUAAGUCUUGUGCCGAUUUCCAAUUCCGCGGUAAUUUCGCCAACAUUUCAUAUUGCAUGCUUUUUGCCGCAUAAUCAAUACUGUCUACGUCAAAUUAAACGAUGAAGUAAGACAACAACAUUUUGGAAUUGGAUUUCCAUAACACGACAGAAGGAUGAAACACAUUUCGAUGAGAGGAGCUUUUCGGCAAUUAUGCUCAAGUGGUAUAGCAUUAAAUAAAAAAAAUAUGUAUAUUCUAGGCAACAGUUUCGAGCAAGAAUAUUUCGGCUUAGACAGAAACAAAACCAGUUGACUUUUGGCGUUAGUGCAAAAGUGCAAAACUUAAACAAAAUCUAAAGAAAAAUGAAAAAAUAUAUAUAUAUGAAUCGUUCCACGGGAACACAACUCUCGGCAAAGACUUUGGCGUACAUUUCGGAACAACAGAAGACGCAAUCUACAAAACAAAAUGAAAAACAACCAAAAAAAAAUGAUGACUAAAUACGCGAUGCGAGUGUUUCAACCGCCUGCCAAAAACAAUUUUUCGGAGCCAACAAAAAAAUUAAAUUUUAGAUAUAAGUGUAAAAUUAAACAUAAAAAUAUUUCGGUAAUGUUCCUAUAUGUAUACAUAUUUAUAUAUAUAUGUCUAUAUAUGUAUAUGUAUACAUAUAUAUAUAUCUAUAUAUAAACAGGGUAUAUGAAAAAAUUUAACUUUUGGACACACCAAAAUUCAGCAUUUAACAUUUUGGAAUAGCAAAAUAAAAAUGUCGGAAUUAAAAACGAAACAAAAACUCGGCAAUGAGAAAUUGACAUUCAUGUCUUUGUCAGGUGCUUGGAACACUGGCAAAAAUGAUCUAAAUUAAAAAGGUUACAUAUAUAUAAAAAUAAAUAAUUUACAGGCAGCAUUUGAAAAACAAAAUAAAUAAAACUUGUUGUUUUCAAUUUUGAUUAUAUUUACGUUGACUAAUAAUUUGAUGACUUCAACAAAUUGGAAAAUUGUACUUUUCAAUGACAGUAACAACAAUGAAGAACGCGUUAAAAUCCCAAAAAUGAUGACAAAACAACAAUGAUGAAUAUAAAAAAUGCAAAGAAACGAACAAAAUUGUAAACUCUCGGCCACGUUUGGAUAAUUCUCUCGGUGUAAUGUUCAGGACAACAAAAACAAAAACAACAACAAAAAGAAAAACAAAAAUGAAAACAAAAUCCUUUAGACUUUAGGCAAUGGAAAAAAAUAACUCAAAAUCCAAAAAUUAUAUGCAAAAUUACAAAAUUUUGGAAUACAAAAUUUUCGUAAAGCAAAAUUUAUAUCAUAAGUGAACCAGCCGGAUGGAGUCAAAACGGAAAAAAAUGCAACUCUGACCAGGGCUUUGGAUAACAAAUUGAUAAAAAUUUUGAAAACGUGUUGAAAAAUAUCAAGAAAAAAGUACAAGCUUAUUUUAAGCACCUUCGCGCCUUAUCUUUAAGAACAUAAACAAAAAAGAAAACCAAAUGCAACCUUAAUGACAUAAAAUUACAUUUAAAUACAUUUAAAAGAACAAAAAAAAACACAAAAAAACUAAAAGCAAAAUACAAAAAAAAAACGGUGUAAAUUUUAUAUAUCAAAUCAAGAAAAUGCAACUUUGGAUACAUCUACUGAUAGUUAUUGCAUGAAUUAAUUUUAGUCUGAUACCAGAAGAGUGCGUUAAGCAAAUUUUCACUUCAGUUUUAAUCCCAUUUUUGUUUUAUGGAAAAUCUGCCUUAAAUUAUACUAAAACUAAAUAAACAUGACAAGUCAACAACUUCAUAGGCGAGACAUUAUUGAUGCUGCACUUACGUGGAACACUCUGAUCAACAAUGUCUCUGCCAAUGACAAGUACAGCAAAUAAAUUGAAAAUAAAUGCAUAAAUACAUAACAAAAAAAAACGAAAAGAGAAGAAUAAAAGGAAAAAACAGCAAAAUUCAAAAUCGUCGUCAAAAGGCGCUGCAGAUUUCAAAAUUCAAAAAUAAAAACAAAAUUAUUUAACAAAAUUACAAAACUGAAAAAAUUAAGUGCGGUUUGAAGCUAAGAACAACAGCAGCAAACAUAUGCAAAAUCAAAACAUAAAACCACAAAAAUAGCAAAAGGUUUUCUCUACUUUAUUAUACCCAAAUAAAAGAAUAUGAAAGUUAAAUGAUAUGAAAAAAAUGAAAAUUUAAAGCAAAUGCUUAUGAUUUUAAGUUUGUAAACCCCUUUGUAAAUGUUUAGAUGUAUAAAAAAGCAACAUGGACAACACUUAAGUUAGAUGUUGGUGAGGCAAAAAAAAAAACAACCCGAUAUGAAAUAAGAAAGUGUAUGUAAAAAUUGUAGACAUUUAUAGUUACCAAAAGAAACGAAAACAAAAUUGAAUAUGAAAAUGAAAUCGAAAUCGAAAAAAUUGAUAUAAUCGAAAACCUAAAUUGAGUCCUUAAUAAUUAGUUCUAAUAUUGCAACUGCAAGACGUAUGUAUAUCGAUUAGACAUGUGUAAUAUAUGAAUAUACAUAUACGUAUACCCUACUAUGGUCCCUAUUAAGUUGAUCAACAAUGUGAUUAACGAAGAUUUGCGCUCAAUUUCGAAUAUUUGACGUUUCAGAUAUAAUUUUGAAAACCGGUUUUCAGUUUGAGUCGAUUUUUAUGCGGACCUUUUCCUUGGUUCUUUCGGUUACAGAAUGGCAACAACAAUGAGCACCACUCAUUCAUAUUACUAUAUAUAAACAAUUAAUGCAAAUAAUAGAGACACAAAUGGAAUACGACAGAAGUAUUUCAAUAGCAGGCCAAAUGUUUAUCAGUUCUCAAGCCUAAAAUAAAACCAAAACGUAUGGCAGACGCCCGAACAGGAAUCAAACUGGGCUGGACUGCCUGCUUUUCUGGACAUCCAUGACCGUUUCGCAACCAAUAGCACUGAAGGCAAUACAAAAUUCAAAUCCAAGAAAGAGGUAAAAGGCAAAUAAACAAUACAAAUGCAAAAUGCAGAAGCAGAGCAAAAGACAAGGCAAUGACAAGUUUCGAAUCAAAGAUUUUCGGUAAAUAAAAAACAUUUCGAAUGUAUCUUUUGGCAAGUUUCGAACAACUUUCGAUUAUGCUUUUGUUAAUAAUUUGUUAUUUUGCGACUACGUCUCCACGCACACGCACAAAAUACCCAAGAACAAGAACAACAGAAAUCAAAGUGAUAAACGAGUAAUGCAAAAGUUAAAAGCAAUUUUUGAAAUGGGGCCACAACGUCCGAUCUAAAGUGCCUUCAUGUAACAAAAACGUAAAAACCACAAAAAAAAACUGUUAAUUUUUUAUGUAACUAAAAGCAAACGAAGAAAGAAAGAACAAAAACCAAAAAUGAAAUUAUAAAUAAAAAUUGUAUAAAAAAAAACUAAAAAUGUAAAAAGAUAUAACAAAUUUAAAGAUCUAAGCAAAAUAUGAAAAGGGCUCCAAAUAGACCAGCAUUCAAGCAAACACCAAAACUGUCUAGCAUUUGGCCUGAUCACAUUGUCUCUCGGGAAUCCCUCGGAAAAAGAACUCCCGCAAGUUCUAUAAUUUUAAUGCAAAGAAAAAUUCAAGAUGCCCAAAAAAAAAAAUAACGAUGAGAUAACGAGCGCAAAUCUUUAGUUUCACUUUCAUCGAUUACCUAAGUAAGCGAUAUGCAUACAUCACCAAUAACAUCAUACGAGCAUAUGCAAAAGUGUAUGAUGUACAUACGUGUAUUUAGUUCUAGUAUAUAUAUAAAAGGAACACACACACACAAACGUCGAGGUACGAAAUUAUUGAUUUAGAAUUUAGAUACGAAAAGGUUUGGAUAUACAUUGACUACUUAUGAGGCAUAUACUAUACUUACCAUAUACAUACAUGUAUUGUGCUGAGUUGCUCAUUAAUAAAUGUACUCGUAUAUAUUAGUUUCUAUCCCACACCAAACAAAAAGACACCAACACACACACUCACACACAAUACAUAUGAAUACACUAUGCUACAUUUAGUUUAGAUCUUAGGUGGAAUAUAAAAACAUAAAGACAUACAUAUUAAACACAAAGUUAAGCUAAACGAAUGCAAAACUGAAAAAAAAAAAAUAUGAAAAAACUGAAAAACUAAGAACGGCAUACUUAAGAGGCGGCAAUAAGCUAUAAUGCAACUAAAUUUAAGCUAAACUCAACUACCGAUACAACAAAACCAAUUUAUGAAACUUAAAAAAAAAACGAAAAAAAAAUAUAAAAAAUCGAAAAAUUGAAUAUUUGCGUAUGUAUGAAUAUGUGUACGAGGCAUCUAUGUAUUCUUGCAUAAGUAUGUAAGUAUAUGUAAGGGAGAUAGAGCUACAUCGUAUAUUGUGAACAGCCAUUGAUUCACAGUGAACGAUGGCAAAGUAUACAAAAAAAAAAAAAAAGACUAACAAGGAAAUCAAGCAAAUACGAGUGUCCCUUUUGUGCUUCUUUCCGCCCUUUCACUCACACACACAAACAUACACACACACACACAAACACUAAAACUAACACGCAAGAGAAAUUUGCAUUAUUCAGUUUAGAGUUUUGAGUUUAUAUAACUUACAUACGACAUGUACUUCGAACCAGUUUCAAGAAAAACAACAACUAGCAAAAAUUAGCAAAAUUUAAAAUUACCAAUUUACGAGCAUUUUAAAAUUAAUUUAUGAAUACACAUUCAUUUAUGUAUGUAAAAGUGUUCAGAUGCACACACUAUGUAUAUAAAUAUGUAUUAAUAUUGAUUUAUCCAUUACGAUUUACGAUUUCGGAGCUGAAUUACUAAUACAAAUCAUCAAAUUAUACUUUUCAUACGUAAAUAUGUACGACAUGAGUAUGAAUGAAUACAUAUUGAACGGAAGCGGAUGGAGGAUUAAAUGUGCAAGGAUUUUGCUUAGAACCAUUUAAAAUGUAUUAACCAUUUCGGCUUACAUUCAAGAUACAAAUUCAUAAUCUUUUUUGGACAAACUGAAAUGCAUCGUUUCGGAUUGAUUGAUGCUCAAAUGUCAAAUUGCAACAUUCAGAGUCAAAAGUAAACUAACGAAAUUGAUUUAUGUUAAUUUUAGCAGAGUCAAAAAAAAAAACAAUCUUUGAGUUAUGCAACAAUAGACCGGAAUUAUUUCCAAGAAAUAGUACAAACAAUUUUAGAAAUAACUUUAAUAAUGUAAUUAUAAAAUAAGCGGCAAAUAUAUAGCGCUCUGAAACAAAAUGCUACAAUACCAAAGUUGAAAUUGUGAAUUACUGAACACUUAAAUACGAAAUACAUUUUCGAUAAUAAAAGAAGCAGAUUUAGAGCGCUGCUGAGACAUGUAAUAAAAAAAAAAAAAACAAAAAUGCAUAUACGAUUUUAAUUUAAUUUCAAUUUAAACACACAAUAA